AAGUCUUUGUAGUAGGAUAACCUAUUUGUGACGGUUCUUUGUGGUGGCACAUCAAAGUUAAAAGGGCAGAGGAGACCAGAGCCUUUUGGUCAGAAAUUGGUAUCACUAUGAAUCUCUUCUGUGGUAAUAUUGUCUCUUUCAAGCAAGAUAGUCUGUGGUCAUGGUUUAUUUGUGGGCUCACAACUUUGUGCGUGAUUCUGACAAUUGGAUUUACCAGUGCUCUUGGCGUUCUUUUUCCCGUUUUCAUGAAUUCUUUCGGGGAAAAUCGUGAAAGUACAGCUUGGGUUGCAUCGAUCAUACAUGGCGUAAAUUUGAUUCUCGGUCCUGUAACGGGAGCCUUCCUCAACAAAUUUGGCUUUCGAGUUACAACAAUAGUGGGCUGCCUGUUAUGUUCUCUUGGCGUCACAUUGGGCUCCUUUGUUUCCACUAUUUAUAUGCUUUAUGUUACCUUCAGCAUACCUUUUGCAAUGGGUCAGUCGCUGAUCUUCGUUUCGGAAGCAAUUAUAGUGAACAAUUACUUUGAUAAAAGAAAAUCCUUUGCUCUCGGACUAGUAACGUCAGGACAGGGAUUAGGAACGAUGAUUCUUAGUCCUUCUCUUCAGGCAGCAGUUGACGUUCUAGAGUGGAGGAACACCUUUCGGGUGUUUGGUGGUCUUUUGGCUGUUUCAUCCCUGGCUGGAGUUAUUCUUCAUCAGAGUCCAUCAUCGCAAGAAAGAAACAUGAAUUGUUCCUCAAAAAAAUGGAGCUGGAAUCUAUCGUUAUUUAAGAAUUCGACCAUCCUAGUACUAAUCACAACAGGAGCAGCCCUCAUGUUCUCUCGCCUGGUCCCAUAUGUGCAUCUCAUGAAGCAUUGUGAUGACCUUGGUAUUUUGGCCGACAAGAGCUCGACAAUUUACAUGGUUAUCGGCAUAUUUGCUUCUCUUGGCCGCAUCGGAGGAGGAUUCCUGUGCGACUUGAAGUUCGUAAACAGCCGCCUUCUGCUUCAGGCAGCUAUUUUCAUUAUGGCAGCUUCCACUAUACUUCUGACCCUGGCGAAGACUUACUUUGGUGUAUUCACUUAUGCCAUCUUUUUCAGUUCAGCGGAUGGAUUGAUGAUUACUUCAAUGAUAGUUGAAACCCUAAAAGCCGUAAAGGAAGAUGAAAAGGCUUCCGCCGUUGGAUUGCUAAUGCUGUUUUCCGGAGUUUCUGCCUUGAUCGGUCCACCUUUGUCGGGUCUAAUGGCUGACACAUUCGGUAACUACAUCGUUGCGUUCAUUGUAGCUGGUGGAGUUGGAGUGGUUGGGUCUCUCCUUCCAUUUAUUCUCCUUUGUUUGAAACGUGAAGCAGGGAGAGAUGAACAAAACACACAGGAAGAUGCCUGAUCAUAUUAUUAAAAACGUUGU